GCACAAGAUUGAACAUCAGGCGGGUGGACGCUCGAGGUCCCCAAGCCCCGAGAGGACCACUGGAGCUCCUGCAGGUCAGGGCCCCUACCACCUCGAGCGGCUGGAGGUCACGAAAACCGGAACCACAUCAAUCAUCGCGUCGGAGGUUCCGUUCGCGGCGCACGCAGACACUCCGGGCGGGAGUCCGGUCCAACCAAGUAAAUCUAAAUCUUCUACCACUACACCCGGAAGAGCUGCUCAUAGCGGGGUGGAUGAAACGAAGCACUACGUCGUCCGGGUGUUUGCAAGUAAGCUACAGGACCAGGCGUCCCCGUGGUCUGCCAGCGAACUGAAAAAAGCGGUCCUGGGCGGCUCCACCGCGUCGAGCGUUUUUGGGCCUUCCACGCACGCUGAUGUUACAGUAUCCACUGCAAAUAUCGAUCUGGGUCUGGAAUGAUGCAAACUUGUGAUGCUGUCUCUGGAUUCUAAAAAGCUCUGUAGUGCAUGGCCAGCAAUAGGAGUCGCAUUCCUUCGUGUGAAAAAAUCUGGUGUGUUGCAUUACCAUACAAAAGUCGCAGCAGCCUCGCUUUUUACAUGGAAAUAAUAUUAAAACGCAGCUUCUCAUGCGGACUGUUUAUGAGAAAGCGGCUUAUUGAAAAGUUGUCAUCCUAGGCUGCAUAUGGAAGCGCAAAUGUUCUUGUCAUCCACAGUUCAGCAUCACAAAUCUGCUCCAGACGUCCAGGGAUUUUUGCAAUGCAUAUCCAGUGGUUCAGGACAACUUGUUUCCGGUUGUGGUGUACCGGGUGCGACGGGGCGGAAUUUCUUCUGCCGCUCCCGCGAGUGGUGCGACGUCGCCCCGUCCGGAGGAAGUGUUUACGGAAGUGCGGGUAAAGGACACGCGGGACCUGUAUCCGGCGUUCGUGUUGUGGUAUGAGCGGAAGUUGUACAGCGAGCGGAAGACAGUGCGGUUCGAAGGUAACGAGGAAGAUGAGGAACAAACUGUGGGGGAUCUUGCGGGAGGUGCCGGACAAGGAGCAACUCCUGUAUCCUCACAGCCGGGCGGGCCGCCGUUGUCCCCUUUGUCCGGUCAAGGUGAGGAGCAGCAGGCCUUGCCUCGUCGAACGGCAGGAGAUGUUCAUCGCCACCUGGCGCCUCCAGCGGAGCGGGGUACCACGGCACAGGCGCAGGCAGGAGGUGGACGCGGCGCAGGCACGGGCGCGGUCCAGGCGCGAGAACGAGGAUCCGCGGGUUCUGGUCGUCGCGGUGGGGCUUCUUUCGGAGGUAGGUCAGAAUCAGAUGAUGACCCGUUUGCAAUUGAUGAAGAGGAAGAGGAACAGGAAUUCUGGGAACAUCAACCUGACCCGAGAAGUGAUGCGGGCUAUUGGGGGCACAACAACCGUCCGUUGCAGCGAGACAGCUUGAGGAGACCCAGCUAUCUACGACCCGCUGAAGAUGCUCGCCGCGGCGAGCAGGGGACCGCAUCGCAGUCACAAAGGGGCCCGCAGCACGGCAGGGACGCGGCCACGGGAGGACCGUACAACAGUAGAAGUAGACCUGCAUCUUCUCAUGACCCCCGCUCCCCGUACUCUACUGCUGGUCAAUAUAAUUCGCAGGGAUCAUCUCGGCCGGACGCUUCGGCGGGACCGGGAACAGUGACAGGAGCCUUCCACCGUCGUUCAUCCGGGUUGACCACCGCAGACGAACCGGGCCGUCAAGAGCAACGUGGAAAUAGUGCCUUGCAUCCUUCGCGCCACUAUCCCCCGCAGCCGCUGCCCCCGGUGAACUAUGGCAAUGAGGAGCUUGGGGGGAGGCCAGUCCAGCGAUAG